UGUAUUAUUUCCUGUUUCCUGUUUCCGUUCGGGGCGAAAACAGAGUGGCAACGCGUGGUUCAAGACACUCGCGCGCGUUUCAGUCGUGUGUUACUUUAAACAACAACAAGUUAAGUCAGAGAAAAGGACUUCGUUAAGUUGAUACCGGAGACUCGCUCACGGGCAUCAAGAGAACCGGACCGGCGAACCGAGUCACUUGAGUGAUAUAUUAACACACGUGUGAAGAAGAUCAUUAGAGAUCGGCCGCUGUGCUUCAUCAGAGAAUCUCAGACCAGCUUAAGGUGCAGGAUCACAGCUGCUGGUCUUCAGGAUGGUGGUCUUCACGUGUAAUGCCUGCGGCGAGUCUCUGAAGAAAGCUCAGGUGGAGAAACACGUGCUCAAGUGCCGCGCCUGUCAGGUUCUGUCCUGCAUCGACUGCAGCAAAGACUUCUGGGGCGAUGAUUACAAGAACCACAACAAGUGCAUCAGUGAAGACCAGAAGUACGGCGGUAAAGACUUCCAGGCGAAGGCGAACAAGGGUGAUGUGAAGCAGCAGCAGUGGAUUCAGAGGAUCCAGCAGGCCAUGGAGCAGCCUGACGUUGAGCCCAGCGUCUGGAAGGUCCUGCAGGUGGUCAGCACUCACAGUAAUGUGCCGCGUAAGAAAGCCAAGUUUGAGAACUGGAUGAAGAACUGUCUAAAGAUCAACACCCCGUGUUUACUGGAGAAGGUCUGGGAGAUUUGCUCAACGACUGUCGACAGUAACAGCAACCAAACCGUCCAUAAGACAGCGAACAAAAACAAGAGAGAGGAGCAGAGAGAUAAGAAGAACAAGAGAAAGACUUCAGAUGAGAAUUCAGAGCAGAACGGAGAAAACACAGAUGAGAAACAGAGGAGAAAAAAGAGGAAACGAGAGGAGAACGGACAGAACGCAGAUGAAAAGAGCAACAAAAAACACAAGAAAAGAAAACAGGAGGCGGUUGACGAGAGUCUGAAUCCUGAGGGGGAGGAGCCAGAGAGUCUGAUUCCUGAGGGGGAGGAGCCAGAGAACCAGGAGUCUGAGUCAAACUCUACAGGGAAGUUUAACUGGAAAGGGACGAUAAAGGCAGUUCUGAGAGACGCUCCGGAGGAAGGACUCGCUGUCAAGAAACUCCGCAAGAAGGUUCUAGCGGCGUAUUACUCUUUCACUGGAGACUCAAACUACAGAUCUGAAGAAGAGCUUCUGUCUCUGUUCAACAGAAAGAUCAACAACAAUCCCAAGUUCAAGCUCCUCAAAGACCGAGUCAGACUGGUGAAAUGAUGCACAUCUUCAUCAUCGUCUUCAUCUCUAGCUGUCUGUCUGAGUCUGGUGUGUGAGUCUGAGAAGAUUAUCAAUAAAAGAAAUCAGGACUA